CGCGCGGAGUGCGAAGGCACUGACUGAGGACCGGCCAAGCCACCAGUAUCACGAACGUCGCACGCAAGCACACAGCUUCUCACCGCUAACUCGCGACAUUCACACGUAAAAUACCCUCUCGUUUUUUUGGCGCGCAAAUUACCACCAUGGCCGCGACGGAAGAACUCAGCUGCAUUCUCUCGAGGAGACAAGAAAUCAAUGACAAACUGGAGGAGGGACACGAGGUUAAACCAAAAUACAAAUUCGUAAACGUUUACACGGAAUUCCACGAGUUCUCAAGAAAAGAAAUAAAACAAUACGAGGUCACAUUUAACAAAUUCGAUGAAGGUCGGGACGGGUUUCUGGAUUUAACCGAAGUCAAGCGUAUGAUGGAGCGACUGGGAGCCCCACAAACCCACCUCGGGCUCAAGGCCAUGAUCGCGGAGGUCGAUGAAGAUGGCGAUAAUAAAAUCAGUUUUAGGGAGUUUCUGCUCAUUUACAGAAAAGCUCGCGCUGGCGAAUUGGUCUCAGACUCCGGAUUGGACGCCUUUGCGCGGCUUACGGAAAUCAACGUGGAAGAAGUCGGCGUAAACGGAGCCAAAAACUUCUUCGAAGCCAAAAUCGAGGAGCUCUCAAAAUCAAACAAAUUCCACGACGAGAUCAUCCAAGAACAGGAACAAAAACGACGAGAAGCUGAAGAAAAGGCCUUAAGAAGGCAGCAGUUUAAAGAAAAAGCCGCCUUAUUUCAAUCAUAAGUAAGGCCAGUGUUACUCUGUUGAUCACAUUGUAUCUAGUCUGUAAGCUGUUACCAUGGCUUUAGUUUUGGUGGGUCCAUAAAUUAUGAAAUACGGAAAAAUAUAAUAAAAGAAUGUCGGAGGUUUGCAUGGAUUCAUCUCACGGGAUUUCUCUCCCCAUUGCUUAAGAAAUGAUUGUAAGUUCCUAAUUUUCUGUCAGUUAUUGAAAGGAAUAGGAAAUUUGCUAGUAAAAUAUUAUUUUAGUAACUGAUAUUAUAGUGUAGAUAAUUUUUUAAUUUCUUUACAAAAAAAAAUAUUGCUAAAUAUGUCUUGAAUGAGUUUAGAUUUUAAGUGUUUUUUAAAAUAAAAUCUUGAAAGGAAGUUAAUUAUGGCCUAAAAAUUAUUAUAUAAUUGGCCAUUACUUUUAUAUAAAACAUUUGACUUGUUGAAUCCAACAAGUUUCAAUUCAUGUUGCCUUCUUAUAUUUACAUAAGUUAAAGAUAUAAGUUAUAUGUGAUGUUAAACAGUAAUUUUAAGGUAAAUCAAAUACAACUUCUUUAUAAAAUAA